GUGAUGAACUUCGGUGGUUCAUCGAUACCGACAGCUGAGCGGAUGAAAGAGAUGGCCAAGCUCGUCCUAAGCUCGGAGAAUCCGGCGCUUGUUAUGUCCGCCAUGGACAACACUACCACCAACAUUUUUCUGGCCGCAUGGACGGCUCUGACAGGCGGCGUCCGAAAGGCGAGUGAAAUCCGGGAGCUCAUCAUCACAAAGCAGCUGCAUCUCAGGACGAUUGAUGAGCUUGGAUUAGACAGCACAACUGUAUCAGGUUGUUUGGAUGAGUUGGAAUCACAUCUCCAGUAUGUUGCGAUGACUAAAGAGCUGACUCCUAGGACAAGAGAUUACCUUGUUUUCUUUGGACAACGCACAUCUACGAAAAUAUUUUUUGAGUAUUUAAAUAAACUCGGGAAAGGGACACUGCAGGAAUGGGAACUGCGCCCUGUCACUACUUUUGGAAGGGUUGGUAGCGACUUGGCUGCAGCUAUCAUUGCCAGAGACUUGGGAUCAGCAGAAAUACAGGCCUGGAAGGAUCAAGACAGUAUCUUCACAUGUGAUCCUAAAGUUUGUGCAAAGGCAAUACCACUGCCCCACUUGACAUUUGAUGAGGCAGCUGACAUUGGGUUCUUUGCUGCAAAGUCAAUACAAAUAGCUAUGGAAGGUGGCAAAAAAGUUAUAGUUAAGAACUCAUACAACCCUCAAGCGUGCGGUACUGCGAUCACUAAAACAAGAGAUAUGAGCAAGAGUACAUUAACCAGCAUUGUUUUGGAAUCAAAUAUUACCAUUCUGGACAUAGAGAGGACGAGUGAGCUGAACCAGGAGGCUUUUGUAGUAAAGGCUCUUGAUAAUGCAGUUGAGGAGCUUAAAAAGUUUGCAACUGUUGAUCGACAACAGAAUAGAUCAGUCAUCUCACUAGUAGGGAUGCCGCAGAUGUCGACAGCCAUUCUUGAAAAGGCGCUCAAUGUUCUACGGAGCAUGUAUGUUGACGUCGAGAAGGUCUCGCAAGGACCAUUCAAGGUAACCAAGGUUUUGUUGAUGGUCCAUGACAGCGAGGCAAAAGACUGUGUGCAAGCCCUCCAUUCAGCAUUCUUUGAGGACGGCUUCGUAUCAGAACUCCAGGGAUCGGAGAAAGAAUGCCAAAUCCCGGUGAACUCGUCCGCGGCUGCAGUGGCGUCCAGCUCCGGCGCCAAGAAGAGAAAGGCGGGUGACGACCACCUGGAGGCUCCACUGGGCGUGCGUCAACUGCAAACGUUGGGCACUGACGCUGAUGGUCGUCCGGGGGAAGCCGAAGCCCUGGUAUCCCCGUAUCCUGUGCCCGUCGGAGGGCAUAACUUGUGGGAGGACGACUACUUGAUGGGUAACAACUUCGGGCAAUCGGACUACUUGUGGCCCCCCUUGCCUUUUGUUGACCACGACGCAGUGCAGAAUGCUAUUGAGGAGGCCCAGCGCGGGGCUGGAACUCCCCACCAGUGGUAUCGACACACGUACUACAGCUACAGUGGUACGAAGCAGAUGGAGCGCAGGCAUCAGCAAAGGAGAUGGUACAACCUUUGGUCACUGACAAACUACAGUCCCGACAAUGUUUUCAAGUUUCUUACCCCAUUUGUCGUGCUGUUGCUUGCUGCUUGUUUGGCAAGAUUUCUUGCCAAACGCUCUUCUAUGGAGUAA